AUGCGGCCCAGUGUAGCAAACCGCAGCAGCACAACCAACACACCUGGCAUGUCUCUACCCUGGUGGUGGCUUACCUGGCAGUAUUAUGAGGAUACGAUCAUAAUCCGCAAUCCAACCGGCGAGCUUCGUUGGGAAGAUGGCGAAUGGCAUCAUAGCGACUAUCCACCUCAUGAUCUUGGUCGCCACUAUUUCCCUUAUGAGCGGCCAGGUCCAGCUCCUUCGGCCGAGAAUGUUCAGAUCGGAGGAUUCGGGUCGUGGCCUGAGGAUCCCCGUCCGGUUCAAAACCAUCUGAGAAGGAUCAUGUCUGAGUUACCCCCUUUGGCAGCCGAAUGCCAGCGAAUUAGUUUUGCUCGCUGGCCUCGAACCGCCAAUCUCUCUGACCCGAAAGGCCCGAUACAAAAAGAGCAGGUUGAUCGCUUUCGCGGCGGGAUGUUGCCACCAGAAGCUUGCGACUUGGAGGCACAAGCUAGCCUUGGAGGCAGGCUUGGUAAGGGGUUGACGUUCUCUGUGGCGAGAUCUCCGAAUGACUUCACAAACGUGUAUCUCCUAGCGCAAUCAGUCUUCAGCAAUAUUUUUGGUCACCCGACUUGGUUCGUCCAUGGAUACUCUCAUAUGAGGCCCACGAUGCCUACUGCGUCUGAUUUCAGCGACCUGGGUCGGCUGCGUAGGCGGAACGCAGAAACACCGCCAAGCUCACUUUCACCUAUAAGUCCCUCAGCGCAUUCCGUCCUCUCAGGAUUACCAGGACGCUUCAUUAAUUCGAUAGGGCGUGAUGCUGAAAUUAGGCCCUCUCGUCCGCGGAAUAUGAUCCCUUCUCCUCUUCGGAGCGCAUACGAACAAUACACAUCAAGGCGUUUGCCCCACGCUACUUUUGCGCCUAGACGGACGUUUGAAGCACGCGAGCGACCUGGAGCUCCCGACCGGGAUGAUGAGCCUUCUUCCUAUGAGAAGAUACCCCAAAUUCCCAAAAUGAGCUGGAAGUCAACUCGGAUGCUCCAAUUGGGAUUCCGCCGACUUCGAUCCGACGAUUUGGAGCCAAUCACAUUCGAAAAGCGGACGCUUGAUAUCAACAGCAAGCUCAACCAGAGGAACGUACUCGCAGAAGGACUCCAGCAACUCGCAUCUACGCCCACCAAUUCCACAGUAGAUGUCCGGGGCUUGCGUCGUGUUCGGGGAGUCUUCAAUCUUAGGGACGGUCGGAUCCCCGCCAUUUCAGGAGAAUCUACGCCCUCCAUCUGGAGCGGAUUUUCCAAUUCUGGAGAUAGCGUUGCUUCCAACUAUGGGUCCAGCGCUCGCUCCAGCCUCAGCUCCAACAACGAUGCGAACGAUCAGCGUCGACUGCACGAGCAUUUUGAUGAGAAUGGCCUUGACUUUUUCGUGGAUCGGUGGCAACCUCGCUCACCUUUACCGUCUCCAAGCGUACCCGAUGAAGAGCCUGAUCUCGAAGCUGGAAUAAAUGUGGAUCUAGAAGCACAAGCGAUUCGCGAGAAGAAGCCAUUUCAUAAGAAAGUCAUAGGAGCAAUGAAGAAGACCGCCAAGACACUUUUUAGAAAGACCUAAUGGCGGUUUGUACGCAUGCAACUUGAGACUAUUGUGUCAAACUGUCUAGGACAGGAGCUUAGAGUUUGGCGAUAGUUGACAUAUUAGGGCUUUGUUUCGCGGCUCGAACUAAAUCGUGAGUG